AACGUCCUAGUUUGGGUUUGUCUCCUCCUUUACACCCUACGCCCACCUGCACGGGCCACAGCUUCAGACCCUUCUACGAACUGAGUCUCCUUAUUACAUUAUUCUUUGUUGUGUUUGGAUGAAUUCUUGUGAUAUUAUGACACAACCUCCUAAGCGCCGUGAGAGAUAAACAUGUACCAAAAAGGCAAUAAAAUGUAUAGGAAGAACGUUGAAAAAUUAGGUUAGCUGCUUUGUUUGGCGCGUAAAGCGGAGCCAAAUAGGGAUAAGAGAGGCCGAAUUUCUUGGAAACCGUAUCUCUUCCUCUCUCUUCCUUCUCCUCUCUUCUAUCCUUUGCGCCCAGCGCUGCGUAGCACGCUCAGUUCUCUCUCUUGUCAAUUUAUUGUCUUUUCAUCUCACAUUCGCGUUUUUUUUGCAAUAAUGUCUGCUCCUGAAGUCGUCGCUGCUGCUCCCGCCCCCGUUGAGGAAGCGAAGAUUGUUGAGGCUGCUACCACUGAACCUGCUCCCGAGGUCCCCGCCGCUGAAGAGCCUGCUGCUACCACUGAAGCACCAAAGGAAGAAAUCGCGGCUGAGGAGGCUGCUCCCGCCGCCGAUGCUACUCCUGAGGCCCCCGCAGAGUCCGCCAAGGAGGAAGCCAAGCCUGAGGUUAAGAAGGAGGAGCGCCCCAAGAGCCCAGGCCUACUUGCCAAGCUCCUUGCCCCCUUCAAAGAAAGCAAGAACAAGGUAGAGAAGAAGGUCAAGGCUCCCAAGAGUCCCAAGAAAGACAAGAAGAAGGAAUUGAAGGAAGAGGCCGCUCCUGCUCCCGCUCCCGAGGAGCCUGCUAAGGAAGAGGCGGCUCCUGCUGAGGCACCAGCUGAGGAGACGCCUGCUGUCGCUGAACCUCCCGCCGAGCCCGCAGCUGAACCUGUCAAGGAAACUGAGACUGCUGCCGUCGAGGUCCCUGCUGCAGAGCCCGCAUCUGAGCCUGCCCCGGAGUCCACGCCAGUUGAGGCCCCCAAAGAGGAGAAGGAGGACAAGAAGGAGAAGGAGAACAAGGCCGCCAAGGUUGGGCGCCGCUUGUCUGCGCGUGUGGGCGAGCUCUUCAGAACCAAGCCAAAGACGGAGCUAUCCACCCCUGCCAAGGUAGAUGAGCACCCUCCCAAGAUUGAUGAGCCGGCUCCUGUGGCUCCCCUCGAGAACCCUGCCAGUUCUGAGUCUGCUCCCGCAGAGGCUGCUGCAGCCCCAGCUGAAGAGGUGAUUUCUGCUGAGCCUGCAGCUGUCGCCACACCCGUGAUCGCAGCUGUCGCAUAAGCGGAUAAUCCGAUGCUGUUGGUAAUUUCAUGAACGACACGAGCGCACAUUCAUCUGCUCUUCUUCAUUCCCUUGGUAUAUUGAGCGGCCUUCUCGCCGCAUGUGAUAUUGGCAAUUAUUAGGGAUCCUUUCAUUCGCCCUCCUCAUGUCCUUUUACUCUCUUCUGCUAUCAUACUCGUUGGAUCUGGUCUGCUUUCUUUUCACGACCUACUACUCAUCAUGACUACACUCCGUGUUCUCACUACCUAAUGUUGAUCUUGAUCAUUGAUACCCCUUACUUUGCUGUGGUCGGAUCAGUUAUCCCAUGUCAUUAUAAGUUUAUUUUUGAGGAUGCAUGACACCCUCGAGUACAAGUUUUAGUAACCGUUCGGGCGAGUUAAGUUGUGACUCGACUCAGUUCAUGAUAAGUAUUACAUCAACAAAUUGAUUAUUGGG